AUGCGUCUUCCUCAACUCACCGUCUGGCUGGCAAGCACAGCCACCUAUGUCGUUGCCCAGUCGCCUGUGCAGCCCGUCUUCAACGACACUGGCGACUCCACCUUGGCCUUUGACCUGUCCCAGGUGACGCUCAACCAGGGCCGUUUCCGAGACAACCAGGACCGCACCCUGACUUAUAUCAAGUUUGUCGACCUCGACCGUCUGCUUUACAACUUCCGCGCAAACCACAACUUGUCCACCAAUGGCGCCCAAGCCAAUGGCGGCUGGGAUGCACCCACCUUCCCCUUCCGCAGCCAUGUCCAAGGUCAUUUCCUCACGGCCUGGGCCAACUGCUGGGCCGUCCUCAAGGAUGACGAAUGCCGCAGCCGGGCCGAGAAGUUCGUCGAGGAGCUGGCCAAGUGCCAGGACAACAACGCCGCAGCUGGUUUCAAGACCGGUUACCUCUCGGGCUUCCCAGAGUCCGACAUCACAGCCGUGGAGCAGGGCACCCUCACCAACGGCAACGUGCCAUACUACGCCAUCCACAAGACCAUGGCCGGGCUGCUCGACGUGUGGCGGAACGUGGGCAGCACCAAGGCCAAGGACGUCCUGCUCAACAUGGCGGGCUGGGUCGACGCGCGGACGGGGAACCUGACGUACGCGCAGAUGCAGAGCAUGAUGGGCACCGAGUUUGGCGGCAUGAGCGAGGUCCUCGCCGACAUCUUCCACCAGACCGGCCAACAGCGCUGGCUGACGGCGGCGCGGAGGUUCGACCACGCCGCCGUGCUGGACCCGCUCGCUCAGGACAAGGACUCGCUCGACGGCCUGCACGCCAACACCCAGGUUCCCAAGUGGAUCGGCGCCGCGCGCGAGUACAAGGCCACCAAGGAGCAGCGGUACCUGGACAUUGCGCGCAACGCCUGGGACAUUACCGUCGAGGCCCACACGUACGCCAUCGGCGGCAACAGCCAGUCGGAGCACUUUCGCGCGCCCAACGCCAUCGCCGGAUACCUGGUCAAGGACACGGCCGAGGCCUGCAACACGUACAACAUGCUUAAGCUGACGCGGGAGUUGUUUAUGCACGACGCCGCGCCGAGCAUGAACGACACGGCCAAGUUUGACUUUUACGAGCGUGCACUGCUCAACCACCUGCUGGGCCAGCAGGACCCGCACGAUGGGCACGGCCACGUCACCUACUUUACACCGCUGAACCCGGGCGGCCGAAGGGGAGUCGGCCCGGCCUGGGGAGGCGGCACGUGGAGCACGGAUUACGAAAGCUUCUGGUGCUGCCAGGGGACGGGAAUCGAGACCAACACCAAGCUGAUGGACAGCAUCUACUUCCGGAGCCGCGACAACAGCGCCCUGUACGUGAACCUGUUCAUCCCCUCGGCCGUGCAGUGGGAUGAUAAGAACGGCGUGGUCGUGACGCAGGAGACCGAGUUCCCCCUCGGCGACACCACGACCUUGACCGUGUCGGGUGCCGGCGGUGGCAGCUGGACCUUGUCUGUGCGGAUCCCCAGCUGGGUUUCCGGCAGCGCCGAGGUCAGCGUUAACGGUCAAAAGGUCAGCAGCGACGUGCGGACGACGCCGGGUGGUUAUGCGGCCAUCACGCGUGAGUGGUCCGUCGGCGACAAGGUGACGGUUCGGUUGCCGAUGAAGUUGCGCACGAUCGCGGCCAACGACGACCCGAGCCUAGUGGCCUUGGCCUACGGGCCGGCCAUUCUUUCUGGCGAAUAUGGCAAUCAGAGCCUGAGCCAAUCCCCGACGUUGGAUCUUAGCACCGUGAAGAGCACGGGCAAUUCUCUGGAGUUUGCGGCCAAGGACGGCAAUGGGACCGAUGUAAACCUGGGACCGUUUUAUAACGCCCAUGGGAUCAACUACAAUGUGUACUGGCGGGCAAAAGGAUCCUUGCCGACUGUUUGA